AUGGAAACUCUAAGCUCCGCUGCAGCAAUAGUUUCCUCCUCUUCUUCUUCUCUCUCCUUCUUCUCUCCCAAACGAAAGGAAUUGAAUUCCCCUCCUAGAUUCCUCCGAUUCCACACUUCUUCAAAAAAGGAUAAGAAAGACUCCGAUCUCCAAUCCAAUUCUAAUGAUUCCAGCAUCGUCCCUCUCUUCAACAACCCCACUCUCUCGAAGGAUGCAGCGAUGGGAUUGGUAUUGAGUGCGGCAUCCGUGAGAGGAUGGACUACAGGUUCAGGCAUGGAAGGACCUUCAGUGCCAGCUGGUUCCGAGGACGGAUCCAACACAGAGAAGGUCUCGACUCUCCCGUGGUCUCUCUUCACAAAAUCACCACGUAGGCGAAUGCGCGUAGCCUUCACUUGCAAUGUUUGUGGUCAAAGAACUACUCGCGCUAUCAAUCCCCAUGCUUACACCGAUGGCACCGUCUUCGUUCAGUGUUGUGGUUGCAAUGUGUUUCAUAAGCUAGUGGAUAAUUUGAACUUGUUUCACGAGAUGAAGUGCUACGUGAGCCCGAGCUUUAAUUAUCGAGAUGCAAAAUGGGAUGGUGGAUUCAAGUUGUUUGAUAUGGAUGGUGAUGACAGGGAUGAUGGUGGUAAUGGCGGCGAUUUAGUGACUGCAAAAUCAGAAGGGGUACUAGGUUGGAUGAACCAUUUGUAUAUUGCUUUGGAUUCUGCGGUCUCUCUUAGACGGCAAUCUGCUUUGGACCACAUGAUGAAAUCAGAUGGUAUGCAGUUGUGGGGGGAGAAAAGCAAACGCAUCUUCGUUGAAAAUGUAGUUUCAAAGCUCGCUAUGAUGUACUGGUUGGUCUAG